GCCAGUGUGCGGCCAGUCAAGCUAAACAGUUCAUGGUGGAGUGAAAUUCAAUAUAGUUCGAGAGAAGUUUGAUACUUUGACAAUGGGGAUGGAGUUGGAGUUCAAUGAAGAAGUAUUCAAGUGGGAUAAUGGACUUCUCAAGUCAGUGGCAGACCACCGACAAUACCGAUGUAUUACUCUUCCCAAUGGUCUGAAGGCGCUUCUGAUACAUGAUCCAGAGAUUCAGGUGGACAACUCCCACAAGGAUGAUGAUGAUGAUGAUGAUAAAGACAACAGUGAUGCCAAUGGUGAUGAGGAGAUCAAUCGUGUCCAAGGCAAAGAGGAGAAGGGGGGAAAAUCAUCUGCAUUAAAUGGAGAUAAGAAGAGCCAUGUUACUCCACGUAAACGAUGGAGGACGAGCACAAAUGCUAUCACUGCUCUCAGGAGGAUGAGAGGGAUGGCUGCUGAAACCGAGAGAGGUAAGGCACAGAAAGACGCCUCCCCUUCCUCCGAGGAGGCGAAGGACAAAAGUAAUGCAAACCCGCUGAGACGAUGGAGGACGAGCACAGCCACCAUCACUGCUAUCAGAAGGCUGGAAGAGUUGGUUGCUCAAACCGAAAGGAUGAGAGCAAAGACUGCUCACAUCCAUGACUCCUCAGAGAGAACGCAGUCUGCGGACAAGGAAGGGGCUGCCGUCACAGGAGGUGUUAAGGGUACAAAGGCCGUCCCUGUGGCAGAAGUUGCAGCUCCUGCUGCUGUUCCUGAUAGUAGUAGCAAGGACAUGGUCGCUGAAUGCUCCGCGCUUGAUGACGAUUCUCCUUCUGGCACUGUGGAGAGCAAGAUGCCAAGCAAGGAGUUGAGAUCCACGCAAGAAACCGAGAAGGAGAAAAUUGGAGAGGCGGAUGAAACGACUGUACCAGAGUGUGAAGCUGAAGGCGAUGAGAGCAGUGUCAAUGAUGAAGUUGAAGAAAAUGGGAAAGAAAAGGAAGAUGAACCCGGUUUCACCAAGGAUGCUGCAGUGGCAAUUUGCAUUAAAAUUGGGAGCAUCUACGAUCCAGAAGAUUCCUAUGGGUUGGCACACUUUCUCGAGCAUAUGCUAUUUAUGGGAAGUGAGAAGUUUCCUGAGGAAGAUGAGUAUGAUUCUUUCCUGUCCGAGCAUGGGGGCGGGUCAAAUGCGUGCACAGCUAUGGACUACACAUGCUACUACUUUGUGGUAGAUCAGGAUCACCUUCGCCCAGCCUUGGAAAGAUUUUCCCAGUUUUUUGUGUCCCCACUUUUGCGGCAAGAUGCGAUUGAGCGAGAGGUGUUGGCCGUUGAAUCAGGGGCCAUGCUAAUCUUCUCUGUAUCGUUCCAAUUUUAACGGACGUCCCGAAGGAUGACAGUCUUGACAGUGCUGCAUUCUUGAUAAAUGAUCACUCCCCUU